GGCUGUUUGUAACUUUGCUGCCUCGGUCGCCGCGGUCCCCGGGGAGCGGGCUCCGGCGCUCGCUCCCAUUGGCCACCGCCGCGUCAGCUGGUGCGAUUUGCUGCUGUCGCUUUUGGCGUUCGGCCAUCCAGAAACAAACCAGUUCGAUGACUACUAAUAGUUAUAGCCAGAUGUACUAAUACACAACAAAUCACAGUCCUGCAGUGGGGCGCGCAAAUGAGUUCCUAUUUUGUGAAUCCCACUUUCCCCGGGAGCCUGCCCAGCGGCCAGGACUCCUUCUUGGGCCAGCUGCCCCUCUACCCGGCCGGCUAUGACGCGCUGAGGCCCUUCCCGGCCUCGUACGGGGCGUCGAGCCUCCCGGACAAGACGUACACCUCACCUUGUUUCUACCAACAAUCCAACUCGGUCCUGGCCUGCAACCGGGCGUCCUACGAGUACGGGGCCUCGUGUUUCUAUUCUGAUAAGGACCUCAGUGGCGCCUCGCCCUCGGGCAGUGGCAAACAGAGGGGCCCCGGGGACUACCUGCACUUUUCUCCCGAGCAGCAGUACAAACCCGACAGCAGCAGUGUGCCGGGCAAAGCCCUCCAUGACGAAGUCACCGACCGGAAGUACACGAGCCCCGUUUACCCCUGGAUGCAGCGGAUGAACUCCUGCGCGGGUGCUGUGUACGGGAGUCACGGGCGCCGAGGCCGCCAGACCUACACUCGCUACCAGACGCUGGAGCUGGAGAAGGAAUUCCACUUCAACCGCUACCUGACACGGCGCCGCCGCAUCGAGAUCGCCAAUGCGCUCUGCCUCACCGAGCGCCAGAUCAAGAUCUGGUUCCAGAACCGCCGCAUGAAGUGGAAAAAGGAAAAUAAACUCAUCAAUUCCACACAGCCCAGCGGGGAGGAAGCUGAGGCUAAGGCGGGCGAGUAGACGCCUGGGCAGGGACCAGGCCAGCGCUACAACCUCCCUUGGCUUCGCCCCCUUGCCUUUGCCUGCUCCCCAACUUUUCUCCCCACCUGCUCCCAUCCGUGGGGCCCACGCAACUUCAGGGGAGCCCGGAGCUUUGCAAACGCCUGAGCAUUUAUUUCUUACCAAAAAAAAAAAAAAAUGAAAGA